AUGGGAUCCUCUGCGUCUAAACAGUCGGGUAGGAUUUUGUCCAAGACGGCAUCAGAGAACUUGACAAAGCCAAUCCAUCGUACAAAUGCAAACCCCUUGCUUCAUCAGCACCAGCAGCACCCGCAGCAGCACCAGCAGCAAGUACCUCAAACGCAAUCACUGCUUCGCAAUGAACUGCAUCAUCUUAACACAUCAUAUCCUCUAAAUGGAGCAAAUUCUGAAGGCACUGCACCAACACAUGUUGAAGACAAGCAGCCUGAAACUGCAUUUGGUGCCAACACUUCAACAUCCUUUGACCCUGCGUACUUGCAUAAAAAACUCAACUCACCACAAGUGCAACUUCCGCAACUGCAACAAAUACCUCAAGAAACAGUACCAGAAGGUAAGGACGGCGGCGAUCCACAUGAGCUAGGAACUUCAACUUACGAGCCAAGCUUUAUUGACUCUAUUAACAAGUUGGGUAAACAAAUCAAGACACACGAACACAAACUAUCAAAGUCCGAUUUAAAUGCUCUUGCUGUGCGGCAGUUAAGAUCCAGAAAGGCUCAGUAUGAUAUGGGUGAAAAGGAAGUGAAGGCACAAAUGGGUCAAUCUGCUAAUCACCUACACAAUCUGCAGCAUGAAUUGCAAAAAACUAUGGUUCAUCCGCAAACUUUGACGGCAAUUUUGAGGGACUUGAAGGAUCCAAAAGUUGAUAACGGUACCAUUAUUGGAGACUACCAACUCAAACCAACCUUCUUAGCUGAACUUGGCUCUAUAUAUAGUGUUCCUACGAAUGUGGUUCCGGUUGAGGAUGAGACAAAGCCAGAUGAAGUUGGACACAAGGUUCAGGUCCCGAAGGAGAGGAAAAUGACUGAUGAUAUCGAGGAUGGCGCACCAGAUGGACCGGAAAGAGUAAAUAAAGAGACUUUUGACAAACUCAAGAAGAGAUUGAGCAUAGAUGAUUAG